AUGACUACUACCGGUCUAGUCCUCGGCUUCAAUGGAGUCCAUCCAUUUUCCAAGGUCAAGCUAAGCGACCGGGCAUCUGUGCAGGAGCUCCUUCGAACCCUUCUUGACCCCCUGGAGCCUUUCUUUUCGCCCAACAAGGCUAGGGUUAGGUGUCCCGGUGGCACUGCGGUUCGAUUCGAUUUGACCGCGUCUGAUGUAGAGGGAAUAUGCAGACCGCUCUGGGGAUUGGCUUGUCUUCUUGCCGGUGGUGGAGAGUAUCAUGGUACGAACUGGUGGGUUGAGGGCAUCAAGUCAGGAACGGACCCCGAGAACCCGGAAUACUGGGGAUAUCCUCGCGAUAAUGACCAGCGAAUGGUGGAGAUGUGUCCCCUUGGAUUCGCCCUCGCCGUUGCUCCCGUAUUCUGGAACAGCAUGACCGAAAAGGAGAAAGAGAACGUCGAAACAUGGCUAGGCAAUUCCAUCAACGAAAAGAACAUGCCAAACACCAAUUGGCUGUGGUUCCGCGUAUUUGCCAACUUGGGCCUCAAGAAGAAUGGUGGAAAGUUCUCACAGGAUCGUCUGGAUUCCGAUAUCGAGCAUCUAAACACAUUCUACCGGGGUGAUGGUUGGUCGAAUGAUGGACCAGAAGGCAUUCAUCAGAUGGAUUAUUACUCUUCUAGCUUCGCCAUUCACUUCCUUCAGCUCCUCUACGCUAAACUUGCCGGCGACGAGGAUCCCGAGAGAGCCGCCGAGUUCAAGCAUCGUGCUCAGCAAGUCGUCCUCGAUCUUGCCCAUUACUACGAUGAGGAAGGCCGCUCUAUUCCGUUUGGACGAAGCGUUGGCUAUCGUUUUGCCAUGGUUUCCUUCUGGGGUGCAUUAGCCUACGCCGACGUAGAGCUGCCAGCCCCGCUUACAUGGGGCAUGGUUAAAGGCAUCGUCCUUCGACACCUUCGCUGGUGGCAAACGCAGCAUGCGAUUUGGAGUCCUAGCGGAACCUUGACCAUCGGUUACUCGUACCCGAAUAUGUAUAUGGCCGAGAAUUACAACAGCCCUGGCAGUCCGUAUUGGGCUUGCCUUUCUUUCAUCUGCUUAGCUGUUCCUCCUGAACACGCGUUCUGGACAUCUAAGGAGGAGUCGCAGUGGACAAAGAUUCCUCGAGUCAAGGCUCUCAAGCACCCCAAACACAUUACAAGCAACCUUGGCGGUCAUUGUAUGCUUCUUUCCUCUGGCCAGGCCUGCAGCUAUCCCAUGAAGGGAACGCAUGCCAAGUACGGCUGCUUUGCCUACAGCAGUGCCUAUGCAUAUUCAGUCCCACCGGGCCUCUUCACCUUGGAACAGUAUGCUCUUGCAUCGCAGCUCGGCCUGUCAGACGACGGUGGUGAGUACUGGAAGACGCGUCGACUAACCGAGUACUCCGGUCUCGAGGAGCGCGAUGGGAAACCUGUGCUCGUGUCCGUCUGGAAGCCCUUCCCGGAUGUUAAGAUCAAGACAAUUCUUGUCCCGCCCGAGGAGGCGACUCCCAACUGGCAUCUAAGAAUCCACCACAUCGAGGCAGGUAGGGAGGUUAUGACGGCAGACGGCUCGUUCGCCAUCUGCAAUGAGAAUACCAAGGAUGGCAGGUACCUAGAUCUCUACGACGCCGAAACCUGCGAGGGAACAUCGCCGAAGAUUAUUGGCAACUACGACCUCAAUACCCCUGCCGGUUGGGCGACUGGAAAGGACGGGGCGUUCGCUGUGUCGAAGGGAGCUGUUGGAAUCAAGGCGCUGGAGGACGGUUUGGAGAGAUCUGCGAACCUUGUCAAUGCGGAUCCCAACUCCAACCUGGUCGAGAACCGGACCACCAUCCCCACCCUUCAACACACCGUCAAGAAGGGUGAGUCGGUCUGGUACAUAUCGGCAAUUUAUGCCAAGCCUUCCGGAGAAGGUGUACCAAAGAAUACAUACCUGGACGGUUGGAACUCCCCGCCAGCGAUUCCGGACUGGCUCAAGGCCGAGAUAGCCUCCUCGUAG